CGUCAGACCGCCAUCCCAGCCACACAUGUACGAGACACCGCUCUUGUCCGUAGCUCAAUGCAGCUACGCAUUAUGGGGAUUAUCCCCUCAGUUAUUACACUGUUGAUUGUGACGACUGUCAGCCGGCAUGUGGUCUCCGCCACCGACUGUGAAGAGUCCAACUGCGAGUUUGUUGUACGGGAAGAAUGCCAGACCUCCGAGACAGUGUUCUGCGACAUGAAAAACCGGCCAAUGAAACAGAUAAACAUCACGGCAGCAUCGUUCCCGAGAGAUGCCCGAGAAAUCAAGAUAACCGAUGUUGAGACCAUAACGAUCGAUGAGGACUCCAUCUCCUCUCUGACAUCGCUGGAGGAAAUCGAGAUCACCAAAGUCAACACCUUGAUUCUUCAGCCCAGGUCUCUGGCGCGCGGCAACAACUCCGAACGGAUUACAGUGAGAAUACGCGCAGUGACGAGUCUUCAGCUGCGUUCCCAGACAUUCCAAGACUUGAGCGGGGACUCGAGGAUCAUCAUAGAAGACGUGGAUGACUGCCAGCUGUUCUCGUCUUCCAUUGCUAACGCACAGUUUUUCAGCUUGACAUUGAGCGGAAUACAAUCACUGGCUGUUCAUGAAAGCGCCUUCAGCGAUGAUUCUCUGAUAGAAAAAGUUCACAUGACAGGUAUAAAAUCACUUUCGAUAUCAAAACAAGCAUUCACGUCAAAUGUCACAGUGCACAAGACAUGGAUUGAAGGCAUCGAAAACCUCACCAUACACUCAGGUGCACUGUCCCAAAACUCGAGAAUGAAGGAGGCCGAGUUGAAAAAAGUGAAGUAUCUCAGCGUUGAACCGCAUGGCAUUCAGGCAAACAUUGACAAGUUGAAGGUAAAAGAAGUUGAAAUGGAAACGUGUGGUGAAAACACGUUCGGGGGCAAGAUUGGAAGUUUAUCCCUGAGCUCGUCGCAUAUCCAUCGGGCUACAGAACACUGCAUAUCAGCUGGCAGCGAAAUGAACAAACUGAUCAUUGAAAACAGCCGCUUUAACCACACUGAAACAUCGGCUUUCUACGGGACGGUCAGGGAAGUUCAAAUCAAGAACAGCACAUUCGGAGCGAUAGAAAAGGAAGGGCUGCAGCUGAAUGUUACGAAGUUUUCCUUUGAGUGCAGCGAUAUCGUUGAAGCAUCAGAAAAAGCAUUCGUGGUGCUUGCUGACAGCGAUAUCACGAUCAGGAACUGCACGAUCAAUGCUGUGCGAAAGGAAGCCUUCAGCUCGCUAAGGGUGGCGAAAGGAAACGCCACAGCUCGCCACCGGAUUCAGCUAGGCAAUCUCCACAUCCAACAUCCAGAUAACGGUUCGCUGCAGUUUAGCCAGAACCAAAGAGUAACAGUGCAUGGCCUGACAUUGGACAUUCCCUGUACGUGCGACAUAGCGACAGCACUGGGUCUCGAUGUAUCUUCUGAGAACGACUUCUGGAUCAACGAGACUCUUUGCGAGGUCAAUAACACACGGUGGAAACUAGACGAAUACCUGGAGGAGUUCUGCACGGAGCCCACCACCACUCCGCCGCCUACUAGCCCGACCAACUCGCACAGAGGAGGCAAAUCGUCACUGCCGCCUCAGACAGCCGGUGAAUCAAAUGAACAGGACUCUCAAACAAACCGUGAGGCCAGUGACCAGACUCCCGGCGAUGGCUCAGACCAGACGUCCGGCGAUGGCUCAGACCAGGUUAGCACCGGCUCCACCGACAUGGAGAUAAUGAUCGCCACCAUCAGUGUCGCGGUCCUGAUUGCGACAGCUGUCAUCGCAUUUUUCGUUGGUCGUCAUUUCAGACAACGGUCGCGUGCUGAAGGACAAAAUGGAGGCCGACGUAGGCGAACAAAAUGUCGACGUCGCUCGCGAGAUGUUAGACUCCAUCAAUUGACAGAGAUUGUCACAAGAGCCCUGCUGGAAUCCCCUGAAACUCGGCCUACUCACGGAGUAGACUCAAUUCGACCGAUCGGCGCGCCGGUUUACGAGGUAGUCGAGCCAGUCGACAUCAACUCUCACACACCAGAUCAAGGUGUUCCAACAAGCCAGGCCAGUGCAGGGCCAGCCGGGACACACAACACACGUGUAACACAUCCAGAAAGGAGAGCUCAGCACGUCUCCUUUAUGCCUUUACCGCCACCUCCGCCAACGGAAGCGCUUGAAGAGUGUGCGCACGGUCACGAAGAUGAUGCUGAUGAUGAUGUAUAUGAGACUGUCGAGGCGCCUUACCAGGAAAUAGCCGAAUGUCAUCAACAGAUGGAGGAGGGAGGGCCCGCAACACUCGAGCUCGCCUCUCUCACACCCUCCCUCUGCCACUAUCACCGGCUCAACCCAACCCAACAUCACCACCAGUGCCUGGAAUCCACGACACACUAUGACCAUCUCAUUCACCCACCAUGACCUACCACCGUCACCUAGAAAGCCCAGCGGGCGAAUUCCAACUCGCCUGGUAAGCCAUAGAAAAAUGUACGAGGAAAUAGGGUAUAUUUUGUUGCAAAAGAUCCGCUCUGAGCCGUGACCCUCCGGCUGACCCGAAGCUGGUUCUUUAGCUCCGCAGUAUAGCUCAGUGCUCAGAUGAAUCGUGUUUAUCUUAAUCUUAGCUGCAGGUACAGCCCACCGCUAAAGUAAUGUGUACCAAUCUCAACGGAUGGCUUUGACUGGCGAUUUAUUAAUGCAGAGCGAUCGAAAAGAAGACGUCAGUAGAUAAAGUUGCAGCUGCAAGGGUGACGAUACAGGUUAGCUACAAUCAAAGUUUCAUUCCGGUCUGGCUUAUCAUUCCUAAGCUUCAGAAGCAGAACAUACCGAGGACUGAAACCGCACAUUACUUAUGCCGUGGACUGUACCUACCCGUAUAUUUUGUGUGUCUAUUGUGGCCUGUUGGCUGGUAUUAAAGUGUUUGCCAUAAUACAUAUAUUUGCUUACGAUG